CAUGGCUGGAAUCGUAGAGCUAUCACUGGCUGGGGGCCCAGUCGAAACCCGGCCCCCAGAAGGCGAGAUCGAUGAAGAUGAAGAUGAAGAGCUGGAUGAGAACCUUAUGGAGAGGCUGUGGGGUUUGACUGAGAUGUUCCUUGCUACACUGCGCUCUGCAGCUGAGGUGACCGCAUCGGGCUCAGUCACUGUGGCCAAGAAGCUGUACAGUUACUCCCGCGUUGCCCUGUGGGUGGGCACUACCUCGUUCAUGAUCCUGGUCCUUCCGGUGGUGUUUGAGACUGAGAGACUACAGCUGGAGCAGCAGCAGCUAGAGCAGCAGAGACAGAUCCUGUUGGGCCCCAACGCAGGGAUGUCAGGUGGGAUGCCAGGGUUGAUGCCUCCCGUUCCAGUGACCGAUAGACUUCUGCACACUGUCUUCUGA